AUGCGCGACGAUUUUGAUACCAAGUGGUCCACAGUUCUAGCCAAGGUGCCCAAGGGGAAGAAUCCUUUUGAUUUCGUACAAAAAAACAUGAGCCUCCGCACCCAUAACCGACAUAAUGAAGGCACAUUUUUAGUCCUGAUCAUCUUGACAGUUUUGACCCUUAUAAAUAUUUUGGUCUUGCUAUUUUGUUUCUUGUGGGUCCUCUUUAACGGCCGCGAAGGGCGCUCAAGACAUCUAUGGUUCAUUCGAUAUGUCAGAACCAAAGAUAAGAAAUUUGUUAUCGCGCCCAACAGUAGUCUCUUUGUGAUAAUCUUUCAAUCUGCCUCUGGUGCUGCAACGUUGGCGUACAUGUCCUUUGUUUUUAAAAACUUCAAAAAUCCUCAAGAGCUCAACCUCUCCUCGUCUUCUGUUUGGUUUAAUAUUGCAUUUCUUUUAUUCUACAUUGGGCUCUGGACUUCUGGAUGGGGCUACUGGUCUGCUUCUCUGUCACGCCAGCCAAAGGACGUACUACUUUCAGAUCGCAUCUUAUCAUCGAGAGUGUCUGCCAUAUGCUGGGCCAUUUGGUGCUUACUGGCGGGCGGGUUGUAUAUAUUCACCUCGUGUAUGAUGCAAGCUUCCUUGCACAAAUCUCAUGGGAGUGAAUUUAAGUUCAGAGCUCAGUUGCAGAAAUCUGCUCGCGUGUGGGCCAAAAGUCCAAAAGCCGUGAACCCUUCCGAUCUGGCUUCACUCUUCAAUCACUGGCGGGAUACUCAGCAUACAUUCGAGCUGUGGCGUACUUUUACCGGAACCUUACAAGGAAUCAUGAGCUUUCUUCUCUGCGUGUGGUACUUCGUUGCGGCAGCCGCGCUUAAGAGAAUCGAAACUCGGGAAAACGGAGACACCAUCAAAUCUCACAUCCCACUGGCCUUUGAAAAACCCGUCGGUCCUUCAAAACCCAAGUGGCUGAGGAGCUUUAAGAUCAGCAAGAUCAAACUGCUUGUUCUCUACUGUUACGCAAUGGUCAUUUGUACCCUAGCGUACUCGCUUAGCCUACUGGUUUGCUAUCAUCUUCCACAUCGAUUACAAUGGGCAAUAAGCGCAAAUGGCGAGGACGCAGUGCUCAAAAUUCUGCCGUUGGUAUUUAUUUUGCUACUUUCCUCCAUUCAAACGUGGAAGGCUCUUGUGCGAAAGAGGAGAACCUCAAAAGUUGAUACGGAACUUUCCGUCCCGCCGCCCCCACAGUGGGCCGCACCCCCAACCGAAGUAAAACUGAAAGCACUGAAUACCUUCCAUGACAUCAACCAUAAGUUGCUGUCUCCAGAUGAUACUCAGGAUCACGCUUUGCGGCGUGAUUUUCUUCAUCUCACCCCUCACAUCUCCGUAGACUAUUCUAAUCCAGACCGUCGUGCACUCGUCGACCUGGACGUUGAUCGGGUGAACCCAAAGUCUUGAUGAGAUACUCGCAAGUGUAAAUAUGUAUACCAUUAAUUUCGUCGUCGCAUUGUUUUGCUGUGCUCACUCCCUAAAGCACUUAGUGUCCAUAAUUUAUUCAUACCAUUCUCUGCAUGACUCAAUCCAAACAUAAUAAUGAAUCCCUUGUCAAGUUGUCCUCUGAAGAUUUCUCCCAUUGGACAGGUUUCUCCAAGUGUAUAAACUAACACUUGAAUUCCCUCUACUAGAAACCAAAACGGCUUUCA